AUGGGAGACGCAUCAAACUUACUUAGACAAUCAUAUCAAUUGGUUCAACAAGCAACAUUGAACGAUCGAAAUGGCAAUUAUCAAGAAGCUCUAAGACUUUAUCUAACAGGUUUAGAAGGUUUUGUUUCUGCUUUAAAAAUUGAAAAGAAUGAAAAGAUUAGAGGACCUUUGAAACUUAAAAUGAAUGAAUAUAUGGAUAGAUGUGAACAACUUAAAAUGUUGAUUGCAAAUAAGAAAGGUGGUACUAUUGGUGAAUCUUGUAAUAAUGGGUGUAUAUCAACUGCUGCUGGUGGCGGUGGUGGAGGAUUAUCUUUACCAAGUGUACCAAUCAAUUCACCAUUUCCACCAAUCAAUAAUAAUGAUGCAAGUUUAAUAUUACCAAGUGUACCAACAUCUUUACCAGGUGAUAAAAUAUCUCCUAUUAAACCCUCUGCUCCUUUUAUAGAAACACCAUAUUUUCCAAAUGCACCUCAAUUACCUAUACCUCCUACUACUUCUUCACCAACGAUGGUAAAACAACCAAAUAAUAAUAAGAUUCACAUGGAAUCAAUAACAAUUCAAUAUGGACAAACAAAUUGUUCAUAUGAUACAUUAUUUGGUAGAUAUUUAGUUGGUGGAACAAGAUUUAUUAUUCAAGAUCCAUAUAUUAGAGCACGUCAUCAAUGUGAUAAUUUUGUCAGACUAUGUGAAUUAAUUCUAAAGAGAAAUCAAAAUCAUCAAGGAAAACCAAUUCAAAUUAAAUUAAUUACUUCAUUGGAAUCUUCUCAACAUGAACAAGAAGUUAUUUCAAAUUUUAAAUCUUUAAAGGAAAGUUUGAUAAAUCAUAAUAUAUUUUUUGAAUAUAAUUUUUCAAAUACAAUUCAUGAUAGAUCGAUUGAUAUUGUGAAUAAUGGAAUUACAAUUAAAUUGGGUAGAGGUUUGGAUAUCUAUCAAAAACCUCUAACAAAGUUUUGUAUAGGUAAUCAUGAUUUGGAUUUUAAAAGUUGUUUGGAAACUACUAUAGAUAUUUUUAAAUCUCAAUAA